UGUUUCCUUUGUUGUGAGCUGCGGCAGAGACUGGUGGCUGGAGAAGACGCCGGCGCUGGAGAGUGCGCUGCGCCGGCGGCGGCUGAGGAACCGCGGGGUUCGCCGCUGCUGGCUGCUUCCAGCCUUCGCCGAGAGGUGUGGAAAUUAAAACAACACACAUAUUUUGACUGGGGCUUUGAUCAACCAAAUGCUAAAAAGCCACAUAAAGAAGAUCCCUAACAGUCAUUUCUCAACAAUUAUAUAGUCAACUGAUGUAACAAUGGUACUAAUAUUGGGACGCAGACUAAACAGAGAGGAUCUUGGGGUGCGUGAUUCCCCAGCAACUAAGCGUAAAGUUUUUGAAAUGGACCCCAAAUCUCUGACAGGUCAUGAGUUUUUUGACUUCUCUUCAGGAUCAUCCCAUGCUGAAAACAUACUCCAGAUAUUUAAUGAAUUUCGAGAUAGCCGCUUAUUCACAGAUGUUAUCAUUUGUGUGGAAGGAAAAGAAUUUCCUUGCCAUAGAGCUGUGCUCUCAGCCUGUAGUAGCUACUUCAGAGCUAUGUUUUGUAAUGACCACAGGGAAAGCCGAGAAAUGUUGGUUGAGAUCAAUGGUAUUUUAGCUGAAGCUAUGGAAUGUUUUUUGCAGUAUGUUUAUACUGGAAAGGUGAAGAUCACUACAGAGAAUGUACAAUAUCUCUUUGAGACAUCAAGCCUCUUUCAGAUUAGUGUUCUCCGUGAUGCAUGUGCCAAGUUCUUGGAGGAGCAACUUGAUCCUUGUAAUUGCUUAGGAAUCCAGCGCUUUGCUGAUACCCAUUCACUCAAAACACUCUUCACAAAGUGCAAAAAUUUUGCAUUACAGACUUUUGAGGAUGUAUCCCAGCAUGAAGAAUUUCUUGAGCUUGACAAAGAUGAACUUAUUGAUUAUAUUUGUAGCGAUGAACUUGUUAUUGGUAAAGAGGAGAUGGUUUUUGAAGCCGUCAUGCGUUGGGUCUAUCGUGCCGUUGAUCUGAGAAGACCACUGUUACAUGAGCUCCUGACACAUGUGAGACUCCCUCUGUUGCAUCCCAACUACUUUGUUCAAACAGUUGAAGUGGACCAAUUGAUCCAGAAUUCUCCUGAGUGUUAUCAGUUGUUGCAUGAAGCACGGCGGUACCACAUACUUGGGAAUGAAAUGAUGUCCCCAAGGACUAGGCCACGCAGGUUCUCAUCUUUCUGAGAAACUCCAAACUUCUUUGAAAGAGGAGUGAUGAAUCCACUUCUUCAACAGCAGUUCAUUCCUCUGACUUCUGCUCCAGUCACUCUACUGAAACUCCUCUCAAUCAGGUCCACUGGCUAUUCUGAGGUGAUAGUUGUCGUUGGAGGAUGUGAGCGAGUUGGAGGAUUUAAUCUUCCAUACACUGAGUGCUAUGAUCCUGUAACAGGAGAAUGGAAGUCUUUGGCUAAGCUUCCAGAAUUUACCAAAUCAGAGUAUGCAGUCUGUGCUCUAAGGAAUGACAUUCUUGUUUCAGGUGGAAGAAUCAACAGCCGUGAUGUCUGGAUUUAUAACUCACAGUUAAAUAUUUGGAUCAGAGUUGCCUCUCUCAAUAAAGGCAGAUGGCGUCACAAAAUGGCUGUCCUCCUUGGUAAAGUAUAUGUUGUUGGAGGCUAUGAUGGGCAAAACAGACUUAGCAGCGUAGAAUGUUAUGAUUCCUUUUCAAAUCGAUGGACUGAAGUUGCUCCCCUUAAGGAAGCAGUGAGCUCUCCUGCAGUGACUAGCUGUGUAGGCAAACUGUUUGUGAUUGGUGGAGGACCUGAUGAUAAUACUUGUUCUGAUAAGGUUCAAUCUUAUGAUCCAGAAACCAAUUCUUGGCUACUUCGUGCAGCUAUCCCAAUUGCCAAGAGGUGUAUAACAGCUGUAUCCCUAAACAACCUGAUCUAUGUUGCCGGUGGACUGACCAAGGCAAUAUACUGUUAUGAUCCAGUUGAAGAUUACUGGAUGCACGUACAGAAUACAUUCAGCCGUCAGGAAAACUGUGGUAUGUCUGUGUGUAAUGGUAAAAUAUAUAUCCUGGGUGGAAGACGGGAAAAUGGAGAAGCCACAGACACUAUUCUCUGUUAUGAUCCUGCAACAAGUAUCAUCACAGGGGUAGCUGCAAUGCCCAGGCCAGUGUCCUAUCAUGGCUGUGUGACUAUUCAUAGAUACAAUGAGAAAUGUUUUAAACUCUGAAGCCAGGAUACCUCACCGAAGAAGCCACACCAAUCCAAGAUGGGAGGUUUUAAAAACUCUAGAGUGGGAACUUCACAUAUCUCCUUUGUGCCAUAUGCAAAAAGUAGUAAAAAUAAUAAUUUGGUGCCUUUCUCCUCAAAAUAUCAAUCUUUCAAACUGUAAUAAAGCCUUUCCUAUAACUGAAAAAAAACUUUUUUGUUAAAGGUAAUGGUGGUUGUUACUUGGCCUUUGAGGAGUGUACCUUUGUAAGUAUUUGUAAGAAGCCUAUGUGAAUUAGGAAAUGUCUGUCUGCAGACCUUUUAGGAACGUGUGAAUGGUGUCUUCACUUAUUAUGUAUGUUUAUCUGUAUGUAUAUUCCUUAUUUUGUCAUAUAUGUAGAGAAAAUUGCAUGACUUGAGGCAUCAUUUAGGUUGAAGAAGUUAAUGCUUAGAAUGCAUUCUAGGAGAAAAAAUCAGUUUUAAAAACCUUUGUUGUUAACAAAGUAUAUCCAGAUUGAUUAAUUUUAUUGAAGAGUUUUUUUCUGUAAUUGAUAAAAAUGUAAUGACAAUUCAGGUAUCAUAAAAUACUGAACUAUUGUGACUUUAUUCUUAGAAUUGCUGUCUUACAUUAAACAUGUUUUUAGGGGGAAAUUGGGUAGGAGAUAGAAAAAUAAGUGCCCCUACAGAGGGGAUUAAAAUGACAAGUUAAUUCCUAAGAGAAAAAUGGAAUGGCCAUUGAAGGAAAAAUGACCCACUAUGGCUCUCAAAGUUUUUAUGCAUCAUCUCUUCAAUCUUCUAAGAAAGUUUCUUUUCUUAACUUGAUAAAGCAGUUGAAACCCAUUUUGCAAUAUUGUCUUGUGAAAACCAGAGACAGACAGCCAGGCACAGUGACUCACACCUGUACUCCCAGCUACUCAGGAGGCUGGGGCAGGAGGAUUGCUCGAGCCCAGGAGUUUGAGGCUGCAGUGAGCUAUGAACGCACACCACACUCUAGCCUGGGCAACGGGGUGAGACUCUGUCUCAAGAGAAAAGAAAAAGAAAAAUAGGGAUAGGUUUUCUUCCCUAGCCCAGUAGGGUUUGACCUCAUUAGUAUGGUGCUUUGGGUGAGGACCUCUUCCUUGAUUAUCCUAACUUCUAGUGAACAGCUAAAAUUCCUGAGAGGCUCUACUGUUACGGUACCUUUAAUAGGAUAAAGCAGGGACCACCUAUCUCAGUGGGUCCAUUUUUCUUUUAAAAUUAGUUAUCUGAAAAAACUUAGCAGUAGUUCCCAUCUUUAAGAUAAGUCUUUCAUUUGGCCCCCAUUGUGUAAAAUACUAAUCAGCAUUUUCAAGCUUCAGUAGACAGACUGCUUUUGUCUAGAUUUUUCAACUCCACUUUAUAAAGCUUAUCAGUUUUCAGAGAGGAAUGUGAAUUUUUUUUCUAAUGCAAAUAGAUGGAUAUGGCAGGAACUACAGCAUAAGUGAUUAUUGUGAUUCCGCGUGGAUGGAUAUAAUUUACAACAUUUAGGGAUGUUCUAGGUAGCCUGCUGUAGGUUAACUUCCAGUCACUGUUGUCUUUCACAUUAUAAUUUGUAUAUUUCUUGUGACAGAAGGGAUGAUGCAAAUAUGUAAUUAGAGUGUCACCAGAUUUCUGUUAAAACCAAGUUUGAAAUAAAAAGCCUGACAUUGGUAAGCUACAUUGUUUUCUCAUCUUAGAAUGAUACAGAAAUUUCAAAUAGACAUUUUUUAAACUUUAAUGCUUAGCUAGAAUCUACAUUCUGAGGAAAACUCUAAAAAACUUAAAAAUUGUUAGGGAAUUUUUAUUUUUCAAAUCAUAAUUUUAAAAUACCAUUUUGUGGUAACAGCAAUUCAGAAAACAAUUUUCUAUCAUCUUAGUUGAAAGAAUGUAGGUACAGUUUGGAUACUUGUACUUUAAUUUUAGAGUAAACAUCUGCAUUAUACUCUUAUAGAUAAUAGAAUUAUUUAGAUCAGAAAUUCUUUACAGUAAAUGAGAUAAUGUGUGAAAAAGUAUUUUGUAAAUGGGGAUUCUACAAAUGAUAGUUGUUAUUUUCAUGUGUAUUUGUAAGAUCAUGUCCAUUUCAUGAAUACAGGACUUCACAUAAAAAAAGACUUUCUCAAGAUAACUUUGUAUUCCAGUAUUUUUGUCUAUUGUAAAAAGUAUUAACUAUUUACUUUUAUUUUGUUAUACAUUUAUUUUAAUAUCCAUGUGUUUAUUAUAGUAAAUUUGAAAUGAAAUCCUGAAAAACAGAUUUUUUAAAGCACAGACCUCAUACCAAUAUUAAUUUUUUCUUUACAUAAUUUAAAACUACAUAAAUUAAGUAGUUAAAAUUUAUAUUGAAGGCCACCAAGAACUUACGUUGAAUCUUAGAAAAUUUAAAUAACUAUUUUAAAGUUAUCCAACUUAUAUUUUCAUUUUUUAAUAUUUAUCUUCCUUUACUAAUUCUUGAUCAGUAAUAGCAUUAGACUUGAUAAAAUAAACAAGAAUUUUAGAGUAGAAUUACUAUACCAAAAGGGAUAUAUCAGCCAAAUUGGUGUCAGAUUGUAUUCAUUCUCUCAUCACCUAUCAAAAAUCAAAAGAUUUUUCUUUUGAUAGGUGAUGCUCAUAUAAACCUUUGGUUUGGAAUCUAUAUAUGUACAUGUGUAUGUAUGUAGAUAGUAUGGUUGUAUACACACAUAUAUACCAAACACCACAGAUUUUAGCAGUGUGCGAUGAUCAGAAAAAAAGCAUAUAAAGUAAAAAUUAGUUGACCAUGCUAAAUUCGAUUCUGGAAGAUUUUUUUAUUUGGGCAUUUCUACAACUUUUUACAUUUGAAAGUACAUGAUGAGUAUUAGUAAUGAUGACUUGUGAAUAAUCAGAAUCUUUAUGACAAUUUAGUUUUACAAGGUCAGAAGAGAUGAGUUUGCUAAACCCAGCUGUGAUACCUCAGUUGGAAAGGGAAUUCAAAGGUAUGCUUUGUAGAACAGAAAAGUACAGGUUUGUUUGUUUUUAAUGAACUUUAAUCCUUUUCUGUUUUUCCUCUAUGUGAGUCAGCUACAAAAGUGGUCUAAUUUUUACAACAGUAGAACCUCCUCCUUUUCUACUGUAAUCUUCCCACUGACUUUACUGCACAGGUAUGAAAUACUAGCGUAUUGGAUCUUCAGUAACCUUUUUAUUUCCUAGAUGAUUGAAAUAUAGGUAUUUACUCCAUUUAAACCAGGUGAUAAGAUGAUGUAAAUACUCAGGGAGGGUAUUAACUUGUUACUUUUGCUUGUUUGGGGUGUAAAGUGCCAUAACUGAAUAAUCUUCAAUUCAUGAUUCUAGAGUAAGUUUAAUUUGGAAAAAGGGGCUUCACACAUGGUGGUGGUUGAACAUUGAUUCUUUUAUAUUUAAAAAGAUGAAAAUGUUUUGUGGACUGAUACAUUUUAUCUUAGUGAAUAUGAAUUGUUUAUGUAUCUCUACUGUCAAAUAGCCUUUUUGAAACUCAGGAAAGACAAAGGUUCAAUUACACCACUUUUGUCAAUAAGCAAACCAGGUAUGUUUUGUUUUUGUUUUUGUUUUUGUUUUUUCCUGUUGUCUGGAUAUGGCAAUAGAUUUUUUAAAUUGCUGUGAGAACCCAUAUAUGAAAAGAGAGGAGUUGAAUUGUGUGUGCCUUUUAUGUCUUGAGAUUUAUAUGUGGAAAAGACAUUUACUUCAAACUGUAUUUUCUUUUUUGGGGGGCGGGGGGACGGAGUCUUGCUCUGUCACCCAGGCUGGAGUGCAGUGGUGCGAUCUCAGCUGACUGCAACCUCCACCUCCCGGGUUCAAGGGAUUCUGCCUCAGCCUCUCGAGUAGCUGAGACUACAGAUGCAUGCCACCACAUCCGGCUAAUUUUUUUGUAUUUUUAGUAGAGACGGGGUUUAGUAGAGAUGGAUCACUCCUGACCACGUGAUCCGCCCACCUCGGCCUCCCAAAGUGCUGAGAUUACAGGCUUGAGCCACCACGCCCGGCCUGUAUUUUCAGAGAGAAGGGCUUGGUGUUUAGGUGGUGCCAAGUGGUAAGAUAAUGGCUCUUCAAGGCUUCCUAUGGACUGCCUUUAUUUUAGUAAACUCAAGACACCAGUUAACCUCAACAGAGUUUUGGCCUUAUUAGAAUUUGUUGUGCAUCUUAUUGAAAACCAGGUUUACAUCACCUCACCCCAUUAUUCUUUUUAGUUAAAUAAAUUCACCAUGCCAAGUAACCAGAAUGGAGCGAAUUGGUUGAUCUUUAAGGCAGUAGGUUUGACUAGCUAGCUAUCAUUAUUGUCACAUCUAAUGCUAGGCACCAGAAACCAUUUGAGCCAGGAGUGUGAAUGAAUAAUUCCAGAGACACUUUAGACAUUUUUUAAUGUUUUAUAUGAACGUUUUACAUUUGUGUGAUUGCCUUAGAUAUUAAAUUUUCCUAGUGCUGAAGGUUAUCAUCAUAAAUUUUUUAAAAACAGCAACAUUCAUAACUUAUUUUAUAUAUUGUUCCAAAGAAAAGAAUUUGUUUUAAUGGUUUCAAAAUAACUGCACCUGAAUUUGUUUAUGUGCCUUAAGUUCUCUAGUGCUAUUUCAACUUUUUUUUCAAUCUAAAUGAAGCUUACCUUAGAUAAGGUUCAUAUUUGUUUCCUAUAGAAUAAAUAAACUUCCCCUUCUUAAAUUGUGUAAUAAGCACCAACGUGUGGUUGCUUGGCAGAAUGAGAAUGUUAAGGGAGAUUGUUGGAUGUUUGGAGUUUCAUUAUAUUUUUUGUUUUUAUUUUUUGAUACCUAGGUGCUUUUUAAAAUAUUCAGACAAAUAUCUAUCUUACAUUGAUUAAACCCGUGUAAAUUCAUUUGCAGUAUCUACAUCGAAUGUCAAAAAAGUAUACUUAUUUUUGUUCCAUACUUAUGUACAAUUUUUUCCCACUUCAGGCUUUUUCAUUUAACUUUCUUGAAAAAGCACUUACUCUUCCCUCCCUAUCACUCCUCCCCCAUGGUUUCUUUAUUUAAAUUUUUAUUAAGAGUUGUUGGAGCUCUAAGACAAUACAAUUUUAGAGUUGAACAAAAGUAUAAUCUGCUUUAUAACUAGUAUAGACCUAAGGUCAUUUGCUUUCAAUUAGAGGCUCCAGAGUCUUCAUAGUGAAAAGAAUGCUUUGUAUUUCAUUGUUCUUAGUUAAGUUGUAGCACGUGAAUACUUACAUGUGUUGUUUAAAUAUACUUCUUGCAUAGUUUAAUUUUUUAAAAGUUGUAUCUAAUAAAAUGUCUUUUAACCAUUAUUACUUGACUAUAUGGUUGUAUUAAAUUUUGUUUACCAAAAA